CGCGAGACGCAUCCACCGAUCUCCAUGCUGUCACGUGACAGAAGAAAAAAAAAUAUUCUUUAACAUUUGCAUCUAAAAACAAUCUCUAGCGCUUGUAAGCUGUAACUGAUGUUCAAGUAAACGCAAAAUGGCUAAUAUUUAACGGAAACGCAAUGAAUUCAGUAGCGUAGCGCUUUUGAACAAGUCUGCGAGGGUUGGAAGUUUUUCCAUGCACGCAGAACCCUGAGCGUACAGCAACUUUAAUAGUGGAAGCAGAUGUUUAGAACUGGCUUUAACGGUGUCAUGCUAUCGGGGUAUGCUUUCAUCUGGGUAAGUCUUGUAGUUGUUUUGAUUGAGACAGUUAGAAAUUAUUUAAAGACAGAAUGGAAUCGGCAAACUUUGUAAAAGACCACCUAUAGCAAGUUGGUUAGACACCAAAAUGUACAUUAGUCCAGACAAACUCGAGAAUGAAUUCAGUCGAAAACAAAAUCCAUCGCACUUUUUUAUGUUACAUACUCCACUGUUGGCUCCAGGGUGUAAGGUAUAGUUUGCAUAUGGACAUGUCUGCACAAGGCAGGGUCUAGUGACAUUUUAAAAGGUAAAUAUAUAUGUCUGCAGUGCUGCAUCUUCCAUUUAGAUAAACGUAAUUACUGUAGACUCGAGUCUACAUUACUUAAGUUUGCAUAAUGGAAGAUGGAUGUCCAGCAGGAACCGCAUGUAGCAUUGUUAGACAGCAUUUUUGUUGUUUUGUUGGCUCCUUUUAAAAUCUACUGGCAGAGGAGUUGGAAAAGCAACUGUCGUGAUCACCUAUAUGUGGUUUAUUUCAAUGGAUAAUACACAAUAGUAAGUCUCAACAGGUGGAGAUUUUUCUUUCUUCCUUUUUUUCUUUCAGUUUUUAACUUUGAAGCAGGGGCGGACUGGCCAUCGGGAGAACCGGGACUUGUCCCGGUGGGCCGACUCUCCCCCCCCAACCCCUCCCCCCAAUCAACAGUCUUCGGUUUUUAUUUCAAAUCCAGGGCCGAUUUCUCUUCCCAGUCCUCCCCUGCUUUGUGCCAGAAGUGAUUUUUUUAUUUCAUAAGCUUGUCGUAAAUCUCAGUUGGGGAUACUGUCAUAAAUUGUUUGUUAAUCAUAUUUCAUAGAGGUAUGCGGUCCUGACUGUUCUUGGAGCGUAACUUUGGACAAGUAAUAUCCUGUGUCUCUCGUUCUUUGAUGAUAUCCUGGAUGUACUGUGAAGAACCCCUAAUGGCUGUGAAGAAAUCCAAAUAACUGCUGGGUUGGAAAAAAGACAAACUAGUGAAACCUGUGACAGCAUGAGGAGGAUCUAUAUAAAGGGAGAUGUACUUUGCUCCUUGAUUCUGUUGAUACUGCUCUGUCUGCUGUUCUAUGCCCACCAAAGACUGACACCUGUAUGCACGACUUUGCACAUUGAACAGGGGUCCACCAGCUCCAGAACCCUCCUUGGAGGAGCAUCAAUGGGACAACAAACAAAUCCAGUACCUUCUAAACCUCAAGAUAUACCCACAUGCAAGUCUGAGGUUCAGAUUAAGCCUAAGGCCCAAGGACAAUCAAAGUCAAAAUCUCAGAGUAAAUUUAAAACAAGGACUAAAGCAAAGUCUAAAUUAAAGCAAAAGGAUGAAUCUCACCAGGCCUCAGCAACAUCCGGUCUCCUACCUACACAUGCACCAUUUGACUUUGAGGACUACCUUCGAAAGAAAGACCAGCGACACUUCAAGCUAUUUAUUGAUCAACCAGACAAAUGUUCUGGACCAGAAAGUGCACCCUACAUGCUUAUUGCCAUUAAAUCAGUUGCAAUAGACUUUGAUAAACGACAAGUGGUUCGACGCACCUGGGGACGAGAGGGUGUGUUCCAGAAAGGAGUGAAUGUCAGGAGAGUUUUUCUUCUUGGCGUGCCCCAGAAUCAAACAGCGCUCCCACUAUGGGACAAGCUGUUGGCUUAUGAGAGCCAAACUUAUCGUGACAUCCUCCUGUGGGACUUUGAAGACACUUUCUUUAACCUGACACUAAAAGAAAUCCACUUCCUGCAGUGGGUCAAUGUGAGCUGCUCCAAAGCAAAGUUCAUUUUUAAGGGUGACGCAGAUGUGUACGUGAACGUUGACAACAUCCUGGAGAUGCUUGAUGGCAAAGACAUUGAUAAGGAUCUUUUUGUUGGAGACAUCAUUGUCCAUGCGAAACCGAUUCACAGACGCAACAGUAAAUACUUUGUUCCUGAGUUUAUUUAUGGCCAAGGGAUCUACCCUUCAUAUGCAGGCGGAGGGGGCUUUGUCAUGUCGGUACAUACUGCAUUGAGGCUGCACCUUGCCUGCAAAGAGGUGGAACUGUUCCCCAUUGAUGAUGUCUUUCUGGGAAUGUGUCUCCUGAGGAUUGGCCUUCAGCCGACUCGCCAUGAGGGCUUCCGCACCUUUGGGAUUGUGAAACCGUCUGCCGCACCCCACCUGCAGGUCUUUGACCCCUGCUUCUACAGAGAACUAAUGGUGGUUCACAGUUUGACAGUCCCACAGAUCUGGCUCAUGUGGAACCUCCUGCAUGACCCUAACCUUCACUGUCAUAGCAGUCAAGGUCACAGGAGUUUUCCAUUUAAGUGGAGCAACAAGGUCCCCAAGAAUAUAAAGAACCAGGCAAAAGGGGAGCUUAGUAACAAAGAUUAUGAAAUGAAAGUGUUUGUGGAACAUUGACU